AUGUCCUCUCAGCUGGAAGGAGGCCUGCAGCUGGAGACCACAGCCACACUUGAUGUACUCAAAUCGGAAGACGUGACAAGUCCUGACGGAUGCGUCGGGGACGGAGGGCAGAAUCAAGCGUCCCCGGCUCCGGAGCGCCAUCCGCCGAAGCCGCGCAAGAUGACCCGGAGCCCCAAAUGCGCCCGCUGUCGAAACCACGGCGUCGUGUCGUGUUUGAAAGGCCACAAACGCUUCUGCCGCUGGAGGGACUGUCGCUGCGCCUGCUGCCUGCUGGUGGUGGAGCGGCAGCGCGUCAUGGCAGCGCAGGUCGCUCUGAGGAGGCAGCAAGCUGCGGAGGGUAAGAGGGGGGCCAGGUGUGCAGGUCCAUCGCGAAGGACUGCGUAUCAGCGUUACGCGAGAGCAGCCGAGCCAAGCAUGCUGGCUAAGAGCAUCCUGCAAGGGCUCAAACCAGUGGUGCCGCCGGAGGAAGACACCUCGUGCUGGCCGAAGCAGACGCAGAGCGACCAAACACACUUUACUUGUCCCCCCAUCAGCAGCCGGAUGAGGAAGAGGCGAGCCUUUGCAGACAAGGAGCUGGAGAACGUGAUGCUGGAGCGAGAGCUGAGACAGAGGGAGCUGCACAGCAACCUUUCCUUCUCCUCCUCUGGCCUCGUCCCCAUGCUGCACCCUCCGCCCCUGCCUGUCUCUCCAAGCCUCCCCUGUUGUCUUCUCAACAAGGAACCCACCACUGCAGGGGCGUCCAGUUAUGUGCCUGUGUAUAAAUAUAAGCCUCUGUAUGAGUGUGACUUCCAGUUCUAUCAGUUCUUCCACCUAAAGAGCAGGUCAUUCGCCGAAGGUGACCACACUGACUCCUUAUGCCAGAGCUCAGAGCGAACCAGGAAGGAUGAGGAGGGUCUGAAUAGCUGCCAAGGCCGUGAAAAGAAAGACUUACCAGAGCUCCCACCAAGACCAAUACACAAACAUCAUGGCAGCACCUUGUCAGGUCUAUACCAUGUCAAACCCCCCUCAAAACCAACAGAAAUAAUAGACUCUAAUGGCCUUUCAACAGUCACACGCUCAAUUUCUGGAUUGAAUCAAGGUAUCGUGGGCGGGCCUGACGUCACUGCACCCACCAGGACUUUUGAUCCCAGACCUCUGACUGCUAAGGGCUGGUGUGCAGACACUUCUGCCGAUCAGGCAGGUCCUCAUGCCGGCUCUGUCAAGGGCCCUCAUGGCAGCUCAGUCAGGAGUCCCGCUGUGAAGCUAUUACCGUUCUCUGUGGAGGCUCUGCUGAGGGCCUGA